GUACUUGAAAUCGAAAGCCCUCGUUUUCCCUUCUGGUUCAGUUCCUUCCAGUGUCCGUCAAAGAAGAGAGAAAGAAGAGGGAUGCAAAACGUCCCACCGAGCAGUUUUUGGAUUUAAAAGAAAAUGAAGGACCCAUUCGAGGCCGCUUACGAGGAGCAGGAUUCACCGCCGGCAUCUCCUCUGCCUCUGCCGGAGGAGGAAGCUCCUGUGGUGGAAGGUGAAGAUGAGGAGGGUGCCCCCGGUCCCGGUCACAGCAGUUGGCCGCUGAUCCCUCAACUGCGGCCAACGUUUCUAACGCGUUCACAGCAGUUGGCCGCUGAUCCCUCAACUGCGGCUAAUGCUUCUAACGCGAUAGGGGGGAAAGGAAAGGAGGAUGAAGAAGAGGAGGAGGAGGAAAACAUGGACGUUGAGCUGAGAAAAUUUCCCUCCACGGGUGAUCCCGACAAGAUCGCAAAAAUGCAGGCAAUUUUAGCUCAAUUUUCCCCAGAGCAAAUGAGUCGAUACGAAUCUUUCAGAAGAUCUGGUUUUCAGAAAUCUAACAUGAGGAGGUUGUUAGCAGCUAUUGUUGGAUCUCAGAAGAUUUCUGUACCUAUGACAAUAGUGGGAUCCGGUAUUGCAAAGAUGUUUGUUGGGGAGCUGGUGGAGACAGGUAGAAUUGUUAUGAGAGAAAGGAAGGAAAGUGGACCCCUUAGGCCUUGCCACAUUAGAGAGGCGUACAGAAGGCUUAGGCGUGAAGGAAAAGUGCCCAGAAAAUCUGUUCCUAGACUUUUCCGUUGAGACAUCAAACUUCUACAUUUGUCAUCUUGUAGCUUCUGCCUUCUAGUUUCUAGUGAUAUUUUGUAAAUUCUUUCUUGUAAGUGGACUUCAUUUUAUUUUUUUUCAACCAAAGUGAUCAGAGCAAAAGUUGAAUCUACAA